AUGAAUGAAACAGAACAUGAGGAGAGAAAAAGCCAACUGCUUGAUUUUGUCGUCCGCGACGAUGCAAGACAAGAAGCCGAUACAGAUAGCAGCGAAGAUUCGUCCCUUUAUGCGAUGGUCCAGCAGUACAUGAUGGAAAACCAAGUGCUGAAAAACGAAAACAACGAAUUAAAAUCACAAAUCGAUCGUUUGAAAUCAGAACUCGCUGCCAAGCACCAGCAGAAAGAGGACAUCACCCAGGAAGUCCUACGCUACCUGAUGAAUCAAAAUGCAAACACCCGAGGUUCCAACUCGUACGCCCAAAUUUACCCGAAAAUGGAGCAUCAUCUCAUUCCGCCUGCAGGAAUUCCCUACAGUCCUCAGUCACUGCAAAUGGGUCACUACAUGCAGCGAUAUCCUCCAGAUGAAAACAUCGUCUACAGUCCGAGCUUCCCAAGAAUAGAAAGCGUGGACUCCUCCCCGAACACACCUGCUCUAUUCAAGCGCGUCCCACAAAAGAAGUCCAAAAUUCCAAAACACAUCCAAGAAAGAAACCGCGAGAUCGACCGAUUAUCAAGAAUCAACCGCUCCGCUCAAUCUGACAUUGACGAAAUCAACAAGCAAAUUCAAAUGUAUAAAAAGCUGAAUAGAACCCAACGCCUGCCGAGAUAA